AAAAGAAGCAGCUAAAAUUAGCAAUCCAAUCGAAUUACAGGUACAACUGUACAAGCUUUUCUUUUUGGCCUAAGCAAAGCUUAUUAAGUCACUAUUUGGAUAUAUAAAAGAAGGCAUCCGAAGAAGUUUCUUAAACCAAUAUUUAUUCUACCCUAGCUAGUCAUUCAAUAUUCAUGGACAAAAUAGCCUAAAAAGCAUGUAAUAGAGCUUAAUAAGGUGUAGGUGACCCUAAAUCCUUCCAAUACUAGCCAUCAUGAUUUCCUUAGCCGAUGCCUAUCAUGUAGUGGCGUCCACCGUCCCAUUAUAUGUGACCAUGAUACUGGCCUACAUUUCUGUGAAAUGGUGGAAAAUCUUCACACCAGAUCAAUGUUCAGGCAUAAACAAAUUUGUGGCAAAGUUCUCUAUCCCACUUUUGUCUUUUCAAGUCAUUUCCUCUAACAACAUCUACAAAAUGAGCCUCAAACUCAUAUAUGCCGACUUUCUUCAGAAAUUGCUUGCAUUUCUCGUCUUGAUAGCAAUCACUAAGAUCAGUGGCCGAGGAGGCUUGAAAUGGAUCAUAACUGGUUUGUCCAUAACAACACUUCCUAACACUUUGAUUCUUGGAAUCCCUCUCGUGAAGGCUAUGUAUAAGAGUGAAGCAGUUGUUCUCCUGGCACAGAUUAUUUUCUUGCAGAGCAUGAUUUGGUACAAUUUGUCGUUGUUCCUUUAUGAACUUGAUGCUGUCAAGACCAGGCCUACUGCAGCUGCAUCAUCAUCACAAGGAUCAGGAGAAACAGACACAGGUCGUGAAGUACAAUCAAAAGGAGAAGAAGACGCAGAACCUAGAAUAAAAAGGAAGAGGAAGGUCUUGCUCAUUCUUGUCACAGUGGGAAAGAAGCUAAUUAAAAAUCCUAAUACAUAUGCAACUUUAUUGGGUUUUAUUUGGUCAAGCAUAAAAUUUAGGUGGGGAUUACAUAUGCCUGAAGUUGUUAGUCAGUCAAUCGAAAUAUUGUCCAAUGGAGGUCUAGGCAUGGCCAUGUUCAGCUUAGGUCUGUUUAUGGCAUCACAGUCAAGCAUCAUAGCAUGUGGGCCAAGGAUGGCAAUGGUGGCAAUAGGACUGAAAGUUGUGCUUGGACCUACCCUGAUGGCUGUGGCUUCCUUUGUGAUUGGAUUAAGAGACACAUUGUUUAAAGUGGCAAUUGUUCAGGCAGCUCUACCCCAAGUAAUUGUUCCUUUUGUUUUUGCCAAAGAGUAUAAUGUCCAUCCAGCCGUUUUAAGCACUGCGAUCUUGUUAGGAAUGCUCAUUGCCUUGCCGGUGGAAUUGGCCUUCUACUUCCUAUUAGCAAUUUGAAGAGCAAAUGUUAAAUAUAUGCUAGCUAGGGACAUCGAGAAUAACAGCAUUACAUUGCCGUAAAAUAACAAUUUAUAAAUAGUUGUAAAUUUACUGCAUUAUUGAUUCAUUGUAAUUAGAAAACAUGUGAUCA